AUGCAUUCAGUCGCCGCCAUCUCGCCACUUUUCUUCUCUCUUGCUACCGCUCGACUGUUCACAGUGUACAACGCAUGUCCAUUUACGAUUUGGCCUGCCGUAUGGACCAACACGAGUUAUGGGAAUGCGUUUCCGUUGGUAGAGGGCGGAUGGGAGGCGCCCACCAAUACAUCCAAACAGUUUGCUGUACCCGAUAAUUGGGCUGCCGGGAGGAUUUGGGGGAGAAGAGGAUGCGACUUUUCGAAUCCGGAAAGGCAAGGUCCCGAUACCUGCGUCACAGGAGGCUGCACGGGUGGAUUGAAUUGUACCAGUGAUGGGGCGGCCCCAACGACUUUGGCAGAAUGGACGCUUUCGCCUACCGAUGACCGUGCUGAUUAUUAUGAUGUAUCGUUGCUGGAUGGAUUUGACCUCCCCAUACGUAUAACACCAAGCGCCGAAUGUCCCGCCGCGGAAUGUGCGGUGGACCUGGUCGCAACCUGCCCAGAACCGUUGAGAAUCCCAACGGACCAGAACCAACCUGCACAGGGUUGCACUACUUCGUGUUUUGCGAACUUGAACGGCAAUCCAGGGAACUCGGCCAACUGCUGCACUGGCCAAUUUUCGACACAAGAAGCCUGCCCCUCUAAUAAUAUUGCAUUCUUUGAUUAUUUCCGGGGCUCGUGUCCUACCGCGUAUGCCUGGACAUUCGACGGUGGAAAUCAGGAUAUAAUCAAGACCUGCUCGGGAGCAAAUCGCGCCGACUACACUGUUACGUUCUGCCCUCCCGGACAAUGA